GUCGGGCCGGCGGCGCGCGAGCCGCAGCGGGGCUGCGGCGCUGAGCAGCGGUUGCGCGGCCAUGGGCGCGCCGGGCUGGCCUUAGGGCGGGCGCGGGGAGCCCGCGGCCGGAGCGGCAGCCUCGCGGCGAGCCUCCCGGGCGGCGGCGGCGGCGGCGGCGGCAGAGCAGCGCGGCAGGCAUGAGCGGCGCGGCGCCCGGCCCGGGCUCGGGCCCUUCCCCGGCCGCCUGCCGCUUCGCGCACUACUUCGUGCUGUGCGGCAUCGACGCGGACAGCGGGCUGGAGCCCGACGAGCUGGCGGUUUUGUACCAAUGGCUAGAAGCAGAUCGUCGUGGCAGGAGCCAGGGUGCCGCAAAUACAACUUCAGGUGAAAAUUUUGACCAGAGUCCUUUGAGAAGAACAUUCAAAUCCAAAGUUCUGACCCACUAUCCUCAGAAUAUAGAAUGGAACCCUUUCGAUCAAGAUGCAGUGAACAUGUUGUGCAUGCCUAAAGGGCUAUCCUUCAGAACACAGACUGACAGCAGAGAGCCUCAGUUCCACUCAUUUAUAAUCACCCGGGAAGAUGGUUCUCGCACGUACGGCUUUGUUCUCACUUUCUAUGAAGAGGUAACAAGUAAGCAGAUCUGCACAGCGAUGCAGACACUCUACCAGAUGCACAACGCAGAGCGCUACAGCAACGCGUGUGCCUCGUCGUCCUGCAGCAUGGACUCGCUGGCCAGCAGUAUUGAUGAGGGAGAUGCCACUUCCCUUUUGAAACUCCAGCGAUACAACUCCUACGACAUCAACCGAGACACCCUGUAUGUCUCAAAAAGUAUAUGCUUGAUCACACCACUGCCCUUCAUGCAGGCCUGCAAGAAAUUCCUCACCCAGCUGUACCAGGCAGUCAGCUCACAGCAGCCGCCACCCUUGCCACUUGAGAGCUACAUCCACAACAUUCUCUACGAGGUGCCCCUCCCGCCCCCAGGGAGGUCACUGAAAUUCUACGGCGUUUAUGAGCCCGUCAUCUGCCAGCGGCCUGGGCCCAAUGAGCUCCCCCUCUCCGAUUACCCUCUCCGAGAGGCCUUCGAGCUCCUGGGACUGGAGAACCUGGUGCAGGUGUUCACCUGCGUCCUCUUAGAGAUGCAGAUCCUUCUCUACUCACAGGAUUAUCAGCGCUUGAUGACGGUGGCGGAAGGCAUCACCACACUUUUGUUCCCAUUUCAGUGGCAGCACGUUUACGUGCCCAUCCUCCCUGCUUCUCUGCUACAUUUUCUUGAUGCUCCUGUCCCUUAUCUGAUGGGCCUUCAAUCAAAAGAAGGAACUGACCGUUCUAAACUAGAACUUCCUCAAGAGGCGAAUUUGUGUUUUGUGGAUAUUGACAACCAUUUUAUUGAGUUGCCUGAGGAAUUUCCCCAGUUUCCCAAUAAAGUGGAUUUUAUCCAGGAACUCUCUGAGGUGCUGCUUCAGUUUGGGCUCCCACCAGAGGGCCGCAGCGAGAGCGCCACCAGGCUGAAGAAUCUGGUUCUGAAAGACUUGGUCAACGACAAGAAGAACGGCAACGUCCUCAGCGGUAACAUCGGCGUGUGUGACUUCCUGAAGGGCAACGAAACCAUCGCCCGCCUCCAGGCGCUGGCCCAGCGGACCGGGGUGGCCGUGGACAAAAUGGACCUGUCCUCCUCUCUGGGUGGAAAACAGAAGGAUCUGAAACUCCAGUGCGAAGAGGCAGAGCUCAAGGACUACCAGCUCAACGUGCAGCUCCGAGAGGUCUUCGCCAACCGCUUCACACAGAUGUUUGCCGACUAUGAAGCAUUUGUGAUUCAGACAGCGCAGGACAUGGAGUCCUGGCUCACCAGCCGGGAGCAGAUGCAGAACUUUGACAAAGCUUCCUUUCUGUCCGACCAGCCUGAGCCUUACCUGCCGUUUCUCUCACGCUUCAUUGAAACACAGAUGUUUGCCACCUUUAUCGAUAAUAAAAUCAUGUCUCAGUGGGAAGAGAAAGAUCCUUUGCUUCGGGUCUUUGACUUCCGGAUCGAGAAGAUCCGACUGUAUAAUGUAAGGGCACCCACCUUGAGGACAUCUAUCUAUCAGAAAUGCAGCACCUUAAAAGAAGCAGCCCAAUCAAUUGAGCAGCGACUGAUGAAAAUGGAUCACACUGCCAUCCACCCUCACCUACUCGAUAUGAAAAUUGGUCAAGGCAAAUACGAGCAAGGGUUCUUCCCAAAGUUACAGUCUGACGUCUUGGCCACAGGACCAGCUAACACCAACCGCUGGGUCAGCCGCAGCGCCACCACGCAGCGCAGGAAGGAUCGCCUCCGCCAGCACUGCGACCACAUCGGGCUGGACAAUGACUUGCGGGAGAAAUAUAUGCAAGAGGCACGAAGUUUAGGAAAAAACCUGAGGCAACCCAAAUUGUCAGACCUCUCUCCUGCAGUAAUCGCACAAACCAACUGGAAGUUCGUAGAAGGCUUAUUAAAAGAAUGUAGAAUGAAGACAAAACGCAUGUUGGUGGAGAAGAUGGGACACGAAGCGGUGGAGCUGGGCCAUGGAGAGGCAAGCAUAACGGGCCUGGAGGAGAACACCUUGAUCGCCAGCCUCUGCGACCUGCUGGAAAGGAUCUGGAGCCACGGCCUGCAGGUCAAGCAGGGGAAGUCAGCUUUGUGGUCACAUUUAAUUCAGUUUCAGGACAGAGAAGAGAAACAAGAGCACCUUGCAGAAUCGCCAGUUGCCCUUGGACCAGAAAGAAGAAAAUCUGACUCGGGAGUUAUGUUGCCGACACUCAGGGUCUCUCUUAUCCAGGACAUGAGGCAUAUCCAGAACAUGAGUGAGAUCAAGACUGACGUGGGGCGAGCUCGGGCGUGGAUAAGAUUGUCCCUGGAGAAGAAGCUGUUGUCCCAGCACCUGAAGCAGUUGCUCUCUAACCAGCCACUCACCAAGAAGCUUUAUAAGCGCUACGCUUUCCUGCGUUGUGAAGAAGAAAGAGAGCAGUUUCUGUACCAUCUCCUCUCCCUCAACGCUGUGGACUACUUCUGCUUCACCAGCGUGUUCACCACCAUCGUGAUUCCAUAUAGGUCCGUGAUCAUCCCCAUCAAAAAGCUGAGCAAUGCGAUUAUCACCUCAAAUCCUUGGAUCUGUGUAUCAGGAGAGCUGGGAGACACGGGAGUAAUGCAGAUCCCCAAAAACCUCCUUGAAAUGACUUUUGAGUGCCAGAACCUGGGGAAGCUGACCACUGUUCAGAUUGGUCACGAUAACUCGGGCCUGUUGGCCAAGUGGCUCGUGGACUGUGUCAUGGUCAGAAAUGAAAUCACAGGACAUACAUACCGGUUCCCAUGUGGGCGGUGGCUGGGGAAAGGCAUCGAUGACGGAAGCCUGGAGAGAAUCCUUAUUGGGGAGUUGAUGACAUCAGCGGUGGACGAGGGUCUCGUGAAACAGUGCCGGACGCCCCCCCAGCAAAAGUCACCCACGUCGGCGCGGAGGCUGAGCGUCACCUCACCGACAGGGAAGAGCGCCAAGCCCAAUGCUGGACAGAUCCAAGAAGGAAUUGGAGAAGCUGUGAACAACAUUGUGAAACAUUUUCACAAACCUGAAAAAGAGAGAGGAAGCCUCACGGUGUUGCUGUGCGGAGAAAACGGCCUGGUCGCUGCACUUGAGCAAGUCUUCCACCAUGGGUUCAAAUCUGCCCGGAUCUUUCACAAGAAUGUCUUCAUCUGGGACUUCAUAGAGAAAGCGGUUGCUUAUUUUGAAACCACUGACCAGAUUCUAGACAACGAAGAUGAUGUCGUUAUUCAGAGACCACCCUGCAAAACCUUCCGCCACUAUGUAAAUGCUAUUAACACUGCACCUAGGAACAUUGGGAAGGACGGCAAAUUCCAGAUUCUGGUUUGCCUCGGCACACGGGACCGCCUGCUGCCGCAGUGGAUCCCCUUGUUAGCCGAGUGUCCGGCCAUUACCCGAAUGUACGAGGACAGCGCCCUCCUGCGGGACCGCAGGACCGUCAACUCCCUCAUCCGCAUUCUGCAGACCAUGCAGGACUUCAGCAUCGUCUUGGAGGGGUCACUCGUCAAAGGCGUGGACGUGUGACCCAGUUGGCUAGAAACCGUCGGGCCAGACGCCGAGCUCCUGAACCCUCCCCAGCCGUGGGGACCAGGUCGGACUUGUCUGACAAGGCAGUGAGUCACUGCGGGGGGCAGCGCGGUGGACCCCCCCAAUUUGAACAAUCCUCACGCUACAGACAAGGCAAAAUGCUGUAUUGUAGUUCAUUUGAACCUGAAAUUUAGUAUAAAAUAGAGUAUUUUCAUGUGUUAGAUGUGUGUAAAUAUGCUAUCUUUAAGAAAUUAUAUGACUCUAAUAAGAUACUUUUCUUAGAUUGAAUAUUUCUGUGACUUAAAAUAAGUAGCUUAAAAGCAUUAGGAGCUGGGACAGUGGGGGGAAAAGGUGCUGACUAGAAAAAGCCAGUAAAUAUGAAAAUGUAACAAUGCCGCCCAGUCGGGCUUUUUCCCUCCAGGUACCACGGGGGAACCUCCAGUGCGCUGUGUGUGGUGGCCAUGCAUCCUCGUGUCUGACCCUCCGUAUCGUGAAUGUAAACAGCUUUACCUGCUGUAGGGGACAGUCCUCACUUGUAUCUUUCAGUCCCAAAUGGUUUCAUAUGUUUGAACUGAGCCACUUUUCCAGGCUUUUGGAAACACAUUUCCGUCGGCACGAGAUGAAGAUGUAAUUAAAAUAUUUUAAAUACUGGACCCCAGGAGCUUGGCUGAACUGGAAAGGGAACACACAAAGGCCUGAGAAGUGUGGUAAAUUGUGGGAUUACAGCUUCUUUACACUUUGGAAAGAUUAGCCUAGACUAGCUUCAUUCUUGGCAUUUUUAUUCUUGUUACUUGAGGUGCUGUGGGGAGAUGCGGAUUUCACAGCCCUCAGAACUGCGAACAGCCGGUUGGGCCUGUGCUACUGCCCGGGCUGUCGAAGCCCCGCAGCGGCCCCCCACCUCCGCAGGCGACCACAGGCCCGGCUUUGUUGGUUUGGCCGCCCCCCGUCGCCCCCCCCCCCGCAGGAAGUGGGAGGAAUGUCUCAGAGGAGGAGGCUCAGUGCGGCUUGGAAUGUUUUUGUGAAAGUGUUUGUUGACCAUGAUAAUGCAGAUAACAGAAGGAUAGAGAAAGAAUGAACCCUUUCUGGGGGCUUCAGGGCAAGCUUUCUGUUCCUUUGUAAGAAGGGGCAAUAAUGUUAAAACAAGCGGCCCGAGAAGGUAAAAGCAGUACAGCCCAGACAGGCAGAGUGGGGGGCAGAGCAGAGGCCGCAGCGCUGAAAGGCCGCCCGUCGGGAGCGACUUCCCAGUUUGGUAUUUUAUUCAGAAGCUAAAAUCAAUGUGUGUGAGCUAGUUACGUUAAGUCUUCAUGUUACGUAGGCCCUGCAAGCCUAUUGAGGCAUUUGCUCAUUGUUAGCAGGGAACCUGCCUCCGCAGAGCUCCAGAUUGGAUUCCCCGUCGAGGCUGAGCAAGGCCAUGGCCUCCCCGGACCCUGUGCGAUCUGAGGGUCCUGGGCUUUGGCCAGCAGCGUAGUCGCCCUUAUUUCCUGGAGGACGAAACUAAGGAAACAAGUGCCUCUCCCCUUCAUCAAACACCGUGUUCAGCCAGGGCAGCCGAGGCACACCCCCUUUCCAUGAGCAGCAUGGUACUAGAGGAAGGGGGGAUCGCAGGCAGCAGUGAGAAACCCAUGGGAAGGGUUUAAAGCCGGUGCUGGGUGAUGCGGGUAGACAGAUUUGUUUGCCGGGGCUGACGCGUGUGCAGCGAUGCCGCCCUCCCAGGGACGGGGGAGGUCUCUUCCUGGAGGCGUCCCGUCUGACACCAGGCCUGUCCUGUGUGUGCUCCAGGGACCAGAAACUGUAGAAGGAUUCGAUCUAGGGUUUUGUCCGUAUCACCUUUUCCAUAAGGCCACCCUCUGGCACAUUCCGGACACCCAGAGAUGACAGACUCGCAUGCUGGCAGUGAGUCCUCCGGUCCAGCCUUCUCGUUCUAUAGAUGGGAAGGCUUACAGGGCAGAGGAAUUGAAUACUCCACUCCCAUCUGGCAUUCGUAUUACCAGUCUGCCUUUGGAUCUUUAUUCAUCCACCUGCACAGGCAGGAAGUAUUAAUAUUCACUUGUGAAAAUCAUUUAUAAGGAUCAAUAUUCAUUUUGACAAAUUGUUCUCAAGUUACUGAGAAUUACAUCUGUCAUAAAAACUGGGAGCAAAAUUGGAUUUGGGACCCGUGAAUAAAACCUUUGCUUUAAAAAGUCAUACCCCAAGAGUUCUGCCUGAAAUUCCAUCCCACUUCGCGUAGUAUGACCAUAGCAGUGAAAGGACCGAUUUCCAAAGCAGGAACCGCAGCCACAACUGAAUUCCUCUAGGACUGUGGGCCCUUUAAAGUGGCCACCUUGGGAGCCCAUAUACUUCUUUCUUCCAGUGAUAAGCCAGUAUUCUUAGCCCGUUGGGGGCCUCCUUGUCAGCUGCUUGAAUGGCCUACAGCCCAUGUUUUAGAAUAUUGCCAGGGAUGGUAAAUCUUGGUCUUUCAGAAGAAAUUUAAUAUUUGGAAAUAACAAAGUUCUUAGGAUCCAAGCUGAUGAGCAUAAAGGAUGCUUAAGGAGAGUUUGGGGUCAUGAAAGAAACACCCUUCUAAAGAAAUAAAGGCAGUUCUUACGUACAUGGCUUCUGUCUUGGAGCCAAACCGAAAUAUUUCUAGCAAGACAGAAACAAAAUCCUUAGGAUAGAAUGUAUGUAGCGUUCCAGACUGACCUGGAAAAUACACACUCAUUCAGAGGUAUCCUUUCUGCUCUGUUAAUUUUUCAAGUUAGUAUAUUGCUCAAAAUUAAAUGAAAAUCAAUCUUAUAUUUGACAUUUUUCCCCAGAAGUAAUGCCUGGAACUAUAAUUAGUAUUUUCACAUAAUCACCUAAGAAAAAAUCACUGAAAUGAAAUUGCCAAAAAUAGUACCUCUUGAAACAAAUAUUCACAGUGUUUUUCAAAUGUCCUGAAACUACUGAUCUUUGUGACACAUGGUGUGACAUCAAUGUUAGUAUUGUGUGUGAGACCCUAAAGCUGUGCCCUGGUUGCGCUCAUCAGAACCUUAAAAAUGAGGCCCAACACAGAGGUGUGUGAAAUGGGGUUCUGGAUGGGGAAAAACAGGCUGCGAAAGCAAAAGUCAGGCCUCCCAACCCUCCCCAUCAUCUUUGCCGCUGCGGAGGUGGAGGGAGCAAGAAUUUGACACGAGAAUCCUAAAACUUGAAAAAGUUUAAAGUUUCACUCUCAAAUUUGUUUUAAAUGUUUCACACAUUUCUGUACCUUUUGUAACCCUGUGGUAUUUACUUUAACAUAGCUUUUCUAAACAUUGUUUUAAUGAACUUAUGUCACUAUAUGAAUGGUAUAGGGGAAAUACACCAUUGCUUCUGUUUUCUUUUCUGACAAUAAGGCACUGUUGUAUGUAAAUAGAAGUGAAAAGGAUGUAGAGACUGUACGUAACAGGUUGUGUGUAGUAUAUGUUGACACCUCUAAGCUAUUUUGAAACAUGAGGCGACAGACAAGGACCUCAGAUCCCCAGGGAAAUAUUUAUUUGACAGCAUUGAGACUUUAGCUCUUAAUAGUGAAGUAUCUUCUUUCUGCUAAGAAUUGUGAUUUCUCAGUAGGUUUUCAUUUUGAGAAUUGUAUUUUCUCUGUGAGGUUUACAGAAGCUAGCCUGUCAUUUUCACCAUGUUCAGAGGACAGUCUGAACCUAAGCUACUCUCAGUAUUAACGCACCCUCACUGGUUGAGAGGGGAGUCUUGAGCUCUUCUCUACUUUUGUAACAUGAAUCCUAUUUCCAAGUCCCUGUUUUUUACAUUAAGUGUCUAUCACAUUACCAUUUAGGUUAAAAGGAGACAGAAACGAAUAAAAAACCAGUUCCCCUACUCCUAUGUAAAUGCACUUAUAAAUCUCGAAUCCAACCGAUUUCCAAGCUUUUCUAGAGGGUACUGAUGGAGGCUGAUUGGUCCAAGGAAAACCUCAUCCUCCCCGAUCCUACUAAAGCUGAUCAUCCUCUGAGGAAAAAGUAAGGACUAGCUCCAGAAAUCUAUCGCAUUGAGCAAUUCAUAACACAGUGGAAAAAAAUCAUCAAAGAAGUUCCCCUCGUUCGCAAGAAUGCAGGGUCUCCUUGGGGCCCGUAGGAGGAAUCACACUUGAUUCAAACACCUGAAUGUAUUUGCAUGCGGCUCCGGUCUUUAUUUCAGACACCAGGCUUGUUGACAAUAGAGGGGUGUGUAAGAAGUUGUCAGUCACACGAGGGUGUUAAACACAGAAAAAAUCCUCCAUGUUACACUUGAACCAUGUGUCAAUGUACCCUGUGUAUCUUUUUAAAAAAUGAGCAUUUCUGCAUUUAAAUUGUAUUAUCUUUUUCUUUGUACUGUUAACAAACCGCAUUAGAAUUGGAUUUCACCCCCCCCCAUCUGAACACAAUAUAAAAUUUUAAAAGUAUUGUGAUAUCAAGCACUUUAACAUACAUAUCAGAGAAAUUGAUGUGGGUUUUUCAGGUUUUGGAGUACAUUUAAAUAUGACUUUUCAUGCUUUGUUCUUUACAAAUAAACUGUGGGGUUGAUACUUUGUUUCAUUA